UUGGCCAGGUGAAGCUUAGAAGAGCCGGAACCCGGGAGCCAGAGAAGCGAAAUGACAUUUCCUCUUUAAAUAGCUGGAGCCGGGGCCCCGUCGAGAAAUGGCCGCGUCGGCAGAUUUAAGUAAGUCUUCCCCAACACCGAAUGGGAUUCCAUCUUCAGACACAGCCCACGAUGCCAUGGACCCCUUCCAUGCGUGCAGUAUUCUUAAGCAACUUAAAAUAAUGUACGAUGAAGGACAGUUGACAGACAUUGUAGUGGAAGUGGAUCACGGGAAAACAUUUUCCUGUCAUAGAAACGUUCUUGCUGCGAUCAGCCCCUACUUCAGAUCCAUGUUCACUAGCGGCCUUACAGAAAGUACUCAAAAAGAAGUUCGAAUAGUUGGUGUUGAAGCUGAAUCAAUGGAUUUAGUGUUGAACUAUGCCUACACCUCCAGAGUGGUUCUGACAGAGGCCAAUGUUCAAGCCUUGUUCACUGCAGCUAGCAUCUUCCAGAUUCCUUCCAUCCAAGACCAAUGUGCUAAGUACAUGAUCAGUCAUUUGGACCCACAGAAUUCUAUUGGGGUCUUCAUCUUUGCUGAUCAUUAUGGUCAUCAGGAACUCGGAGAUCGAUCAAAAGAAUACAUUCGUAAAAAGUUUCUGUGUGUCACCAAAGAACAAGAGUUUCUCCAGUUGACAAAAGACCAACUGAUAAGUAUCCUAGACAGUGAUGAUUUAAAUGUAGACCGAGAAGAGCAUGUUUAUGAAAGCAUCGUAAGGUGGUUUGAACAUGAACAGAAUGAAAGAGAAGUGCACCUUCCAGAAAUUUUUGCCAAAUGCAUACGAUUUCCUCUGAUGGAAGAGGCCUUUAUAGAGAAAAUUCCACCUCAGUUUGCACAGGCUAUAGCCAAAAGCUAUGUAGAAAAGGGCCCAUCCAAUACUAAUGGCUGCACACAGAGACUUGGAAUGACUGCAUCCGAAAUGAUCAUUUGCUUUGAUGCUGCCCACAAACACUCAGGAAAGAAGCAAACAGUGCCUUGUCUAGAUAUAGUCACAGGAAGAGUGUUUAAACUAUGCAAACCACCAAAUGAUCUAAGAGAAGUUGGGAUUCUUGUAUCACCAGAUAAUGAUAUUUACAUUGCAGGAGGGUACCGGCCCAGCAGCAGCGAGGUCUCCAUCGACCAUAAGGCAGAAAAUGAUUUCUGGAUGUAUGACCAUUCCACCAAUAGGUGGCUUUCCAAACCCCCCUUGCUGCGAGCCAGAAUAGGCUGCAAACUGGUGUAUUGCUGUGGUAAGAUGUAUGCAAUAGGAGGUCGUGUUUAUGAAGGUGACGGGAGAAACUCACUAAAAUCCGUGGAGUGCUACGACAGCAGAGAGAAUUGCUGGACGAGCGUUUGCGCAAUGCCUGUUGCAAUGGAGUUUCAUAACGCUGUGGAGUACAAAGAGAAGAUCUAUGUUUUACAGGGAGAAUUUUUCCUCUUCUAUGAGCCUCAAAAAGACUACUGGGGUUUUUUAACCCCCAUGACUGUGCCUAGAAUCCAGGGCUUAGCAGCUGUAUACAAGGACUCUAUCUACUACAUAGCUGGAACCUGUGGAAAUCAUCAACGUAUGUUUACUGUAGAAGCCUAUGAUAUUGAACUAAAUAAAUGGACUCGGAAGAAGGACUUUCCAUGUGAUGAGUCCAUAAAUCCAUACCUUAAACUGGUACUUUUUCAGAAUAAACUACAUUUAUUUGUUCGAGCUACUCAAGUGACCGUUGAAGAACAUGUCUUCAGAACCAGCAGGAAAAAUUCCCUUUACCAAUAUGAUGACAUCACUGACCAAUGGAUGAAAGUGUACGAGACUCCAGACAGGCUCUGGGACCUUGGCCGGCAUUUUGAAUGUGCUGUUGCUAAACUCUAUCCUCAGUGUCUUCAGAAAGUACUUUAAUGAGUAGCAGGCCUUAGUGAGCUCACUGGCAUCUUGUGCUUGGGGAAACUUCAUCUUUUAAUGAUACAAGAAGUGCUGUCAGUAUUUAAGAAGCUGAGAGAGUUUGAACAUGGCAGUGGGUGCUCUUAAAGAUUAUGGCAUAGGGAGGGAUUUCUUUUCAUCCUUGUGAUGUUUUCAUUUCAUUAAGCAAAAGGUAACAAAGUGCAAUUAUCAGCAUUUUUUUUUUCUGGUAUAAAAGUAAUCAUUUUCAUUCUAAAAUUUUGUGAUAGUUCAUCACUGAGAUACCAGAUGAAUCAACAACUAUGCACUCUUAGAAGAGCAGUUAGGAUAUUAUGGUUAGAGACAUCUGAACUAGUUUGAUGUGACUUUUUAUUUUAAAUACGGGUAAAAAUUUGAGGCAAUAUCACUAGGACUUUAGCUGUGACCUCUCCAACACAGAGAAGCACUAACUUAGAUCCUCAUUCUAUAUAUAUAUAUAUAUAUAUAUAUACAUAUAUGUAUAUAUAUGUAUAUGUAUACAUACAUAUCUACAUAUGUGUGUAUAUAUAUAUAUAUAUAUUUGUGUACUGUUUUCAAGUGUACUGAGAUUUAAGUGUGUUUUUAGUGUAGGUUGAAGGAAAACAAAUCUGUCUGAGAAAGAGCUUUUAGUCCGAUUGUUUCAUAUUUCCCAUGUAACUUUAAGUUAAGCUAAAGUUUUAAAGUCGCAGUUUUUUUUUUUUUCUGUUGAUAACUUUUUCAAGUGCUCACACUGACUCAUUAUUUACAAAUCCCGAAAAGGGCUUAAAUUCAUAGGUGGCUGGUGCUAGUCUAAGUGAAUUCAUGUGUCUAGCUAGAUAAGUUUAAAUUGUCUGAGCCUGUGCUUACCUUUUCAAGUUGGUAUGCUGGUUUCGUGGCAUAGUACUUUACCUGUUGAACUCCUGUGACUUCACAAGAUUCUCUGCUUAAAUGACAGCAAGAUCUCUAACUGGACUCGGUUUUAGAAUAAUGAGAACAUGACACUCAGUUUGCACUAACACGGGCCUUUUUGUUGCCCUGCCUCCUUUCCCAUCCUCCCCCCACCCCUUCAUUAUCGGUACAGUGAAAGGGAACUUAUUUCUCUUCUGCACAGAGCAUAAUGUGAAGUUUUAUACCUGCUUUUACAAUUUUGUUUUCUAAAAACCUAAAACUCCUGCAGUGGUCUAAUUUAAUGGCUUUUAAGUUACAUAUGACCAUUAAAACCUCAUUUUUUUUUUUUUUGUUUUUUUCAUUUUUGCACUUAACAGAUUGUAUAUUUUUACGUUGAAAACCUUGUUCUAGCUGAAGGUGAUUGAGAGGGAAAGGGCGAGUGAGUAGAACCAUAGCAUUGUAGGUAGUAAAUCACUUUUCAUACUGAAUGGAUGAAUUUCUAACAAUCAGUUAGUAAUAGUAACAUAAAGGACAAACCAACUCAUUUGUAAUACCCAAGGCAGAUAUUUGCAUUAGUAACUUGUUUUUUACUAUGCCUAGAAUAAUUGAUAAAGGAUAUGGGGAUAGCCCAGAGUCUGUCCUCAAGUAGAACAUUUUGAUUCUGUUAAAGAAAACAAACUGGCAUGGUUUGUAUUAAAAACUCUUGCACAAAUUGUAAUGUGAUACUGUGAAACAAAUUUAAAACAUUGCCUCUUUGCAUCACAUACCUCGUUUUUCAGAAACUUUCCAAACUGCUUGUCCUUGACCUCUACAAGUAAGGAACGUUUUCUGAAGCAGAAUUUAAAGUGGACAGCAUUUAUAGAAUUAACAUUUUAAAAUCUAGUCUUAGGAAGUUGGACAUGUGGUUUCUUAUUGGCCUUGAUAGUAUGUCUAUAAUCUCUUUCUAAACUUUGUCAACCACCUUUAUUCUCUCUAGUUUUUCUUUAUCUACAUGCUGUUGUGGGCUUUUGCUGUGAGUGCUUUGAAGCAUCUUUCCAGUGUUGCAUUGCUAAGGGGAGGAGAAAACUAACUAACUUUUGCAAGAGAUGUUCAUGUAAUUUACUUUUGAAAGCUUUGUUGAAUAUCUGAGAUUUCCUGCCGCUUUUUGACAAUCUUCUGUAUUUAUUUAGAAAAAUGUGUUACUUGAAAACAUGACAUAGAACAAUGAGUUAACAAUUUACAUGUGCCGUGUGAUCUAUAGGAAUACAAUAUACUGUGGCUAAUUCUGCAGAUUUUUUUCUGUUCAUCUGCACAACAGUUGAUCCUUUGCUAUAUAAUCAUUUAUAUUGGGGGUGUGAUCUAAGUAUAGCGUGUCAAAACCAAUGUUUAGAAUUUGCUAUGGGAGUAGAGUAUAUAUUGAAUUUUGUACAAAGAAAUAUUUGUUUAAAUUAUAUAACUGGGAUAUUUUGCCACUUUUAAAAUGAUUUCAGAAGAGGUCCUAGAGAGCUAAGAUUAGUAAUUUGUGUGGGUAUAUAUGUUUAGAUAUUUAAGGUACGUUUGCAUAGUAUGAUGAGAAUAUAAGUAAAAGGCACAAUGGGGACUACAGAAUUAAAAUAUAGGCUAACAUAUGCCAGUCCCACUUGAACUUUGUUUUUGCAUUUGAAGAAUGUAUGUAGCACUUUCCUAUAUAUUUUUUACAUAUUGAAAACUGGACUUGGUAUAACUACGUUAUAGGAAAGUAGAAACUGUAUUCUUUAUUUCCCAUCCUCAUUUUCUGUUAACCUACAAAGUUGAUGCUUACGCAUCAGCCUGAUUUCACUGGUGCAUGAGGAGAAGUGGGUGCGCUCUGCAACGAAUCAGAUUCCCUAUGUGAAGCAGUUUCAAAUGGCAUUUAAUGUUCAGUGCUCAGGUAUGGAGUAAGUACUGUAGUCCUUUGGGGGCAAAUGUGUAGAUGUUUUUAAACAUUUUGCCAUAAUUGCACAAUUUUUUGCAUUUUUACCUGAUGGCAUUGUUUCUUAUAAUAAAAUCUUUUCUCAUUAAAAACUUCCACUGUUGUAACAUGACCUUUGACUAGUGAGUUCCACAGAAUUAAAAACUGGUGAAAAACAUGAAAUACCUUCUGUCUUAGUGGAAUGGAAUGAGAUUUUAAUCUGUCAAAUAUUUGGCCUGUGGUACAAAAUGAUUAUAGUUAUAUAAUCAUUAACUAUAUAAUGGUUAAUAUCACCUUACAUAAUGCUCUUUAAGUUCUAAAGCAAGCUUGCUUAUAUCAGUAAUUCCUUUGUUCACUUUGCUUUGGUCUAAACUUUUGUUACUCCACUCCUCGCUUUCAGAUCACAUCCAGUCUGUCCGAAAUUCCUCUCCCCUCUUCCUUCAAAACAUACCUAGACUCGGACCACAUACCACUGUGCACCAAUAUCACCACAGUCUAAAGUAGCCUGCCUUGACUGGUCCUAAUUUAUUCUGUUCUCCACUCAGUAGCCAGAAUGAUCUUGUUAAAACACAAGUUAGAUGACAUCCUUCUUCUGCUCAAACCCCUCUGGGAGAUGACUUCUCAUCUCCUCUGGUAUGAGAUCCAGAUGCCUUCCUUACACGACCUACACCUCACAACCCCACCUCUUGGACCUUGCCUACCAUUCUGCCAGCUCACUCUGUGCCAGCUGCACGGACUGCUGUUCCUGAAGCAUGCAAACCCUUCCAACAUCACUGCUUUUGUCUUUGGUCUGUCUUUUGCCAAGGAAGUCCUAGUAGCUCACUUACUUUACUGGAGCCUUGAUUAAAAUUCCAGAGAGGACUUCCCUGCUCACCUUAUGGAAAACAGAACACUCCCCUUCCAACUCCACUCUUACACACACCACCUAUUUUUCACCUAUCUUCCCCUAUUGGAAUGUAAGCUCCCACAAGGCAAGGGAUUUGCUGUAUUCAUUAUGCACCCCGGAUCUGAGCCUAGCAUACACUAGGCACUCAAUAAAUGUUCGUAAAAAAGAAAUGAAUUUUCUCUUGAAUCUUACGAAACCCUGAGAGGUGGUAGGACCUGUAGAAUCAACUGUUUUAUCAGAUAGGAAACAAAGAUGAAGUCCAUUGCUGAAGGUCAUCUAACUAAUAAGGGGCUCAUCUGGGAUUAGAACAAAGAUUUCCACUCUCACCAUAGUCUAGUUCCUACAUGCGCCAUUAGUUCCAAACAAAACCGAUAGAAAAAGGUAAGAUGCUUUUCUAAGGCAACACAACUACUCCCCAACAGUAUUACCUAAAUUGGAAAUUUUACUGUGAUUGAUUCUCAGCAAGGGAAGAGAUGAGGUAGGAAAAUACCUUUCCUUUGUCACCCCACCUGGAUACCCCGUCUUUAUAUCCUUCUGCUAGCAUACUACUGUUAUGAUUUCUGUCCCUCAAAUACGGUGAAGAAAAAACAAGAAGAAAAGACUUGUGAAAUACUGAUUUAGAGUACUGUGAUUUGGGUUCUUAAAAUGACUUGCCAUUUUAAAAUUUUGGUUGUAUGCCUCUGUUUUUUAUUGAAAAAUGAUUUGGAAAUACAGAAUUUAAAAGUGA